AUGUGGGGACCAGGGAGUUCGCUGGGCGCGGAGCUGGAGCUCACCCCACAGAAUGCUGCGCAGGUGCUCCAAAGCGCCAGCCCCUUUCUGAUGCUCGUGGGGGAUCUCGAGGGCCCCGUGGCGAAGAAGGUUGGUGCUCUGAGAGCAGCGGCGCAGGGGCGCCUGCCACUGCUCCGAUUGAACUGCUCAACGCUGCCGCAGAUUUGCCAAGCGCUGCAGAUUACGACUUCACCGACGCUGCUGCUGAUGGCGAAGGGGCAGGUGGUGGCGGUCCUUGAGAAAGACCUUAGCCCGCCGGCUGCGACGGCCUUUGUGGAGAAUGUGGGGCAGAUGCUCGGGCUGAAGGUUGCCUUGGCGGAGGAUGUCACGGAGCAGCUCGCGGAGGCGGAGGAGUUAGAGUGGACCGAUGCUGCGGCCGCCGAUGCCACCUUCUUCCAGGUCCUAAGCAGCAGCGACCUGCCCAACGACGCCAGAGUGAAGGCUCUGGCUGGUCGGGUACGUUGCGCUCUUAGGCAACGCUCGGAGCCACAGGCGGCCCAGGCGCGGCAGAAUCUCAGUGAGCUGCAGACCGCUGGCCAGGGGAGCCAACCAGAGGUGAAGCAAGCCAGCGCCAUGCUCUGGAUUGACGAGAAGCAGCGGGAACUAGGUGACGUAGACCUUCAAGCUCUGAAGGCCAAGGCAGAGGCUUCGCCUCGCGAUCUCGCCACGGUCCAGGCCUAUGCGGUUACGGUCUUCUGGUCCAAAGGCGGCGAGGUAGCCGCCUUCGAUGCUGCCUUGGCCGUUCUGAGGCGAGAUCGCUCCGCUGAGGCGCGGCAGCUGGUGCUGUCUUUGGUGGAGGCCCUCUUGGAAAAGGUUGGCAUGGAUCACGGCACUUUCAAAAUGUUGCUGGGGCAGUUGGAAACAUCGGACUACUAUGCGCUGGCGGAAGAGCAGCAUGGCCUUUGGGGCCAGGGCAGCGACGACAUUCAGGAGCUCCCGGUGCCCAGCAUGGGGUCGCAGUGGCUCUGGAGGGCCGCGCCCCUUGCGGCGGCACUGAUGAAGGUGCGCUGCCCGUUGCCACCACCACCUCCACUGGCUGGGGAGUGGCUGCAGGCCGCGAAGUUGCAGCUGCGCCUGCCCGUCGCCGAUGGGCGCCACGACGCGGCCGGAGCAUGGCAGACUGCAGGACUGCUGGGGCUGGAGCCCUUGCCUCUGGAUCCUCCAGCGGGUAUCCUUGAGCCCCAACGCCUUGAGGCGCUGCUGUCCCAGAGCCGCGCGUGGCUCUCAAAACACGAGAAGGCACCGCGGCACCCACAGGGAGUGGUCCAAACAGAAGCUGACGUCGGAGCCGGCCGCAGCGCGGAGGUCGACAAAGACUGCGAGUGGAUGAAUCAGCACGUCCAGGACCAGCGCAGCCAGUCGGAGAGCGACGUAGGCGUGGCGCCGGCAGGGCUCGCAAGAGAAACAGAUGCAUCGAUGACUCCCGAAUUCGAGGUAACCAUGGACGUCUUGACGCAAGAAGUGCAGCCUGUCGACCCAGCCGUUGAGACUGGGAAGGAGACGUUCCUUCUCGAUGCACCACUCACCGAAAGCAGUGCCGUGAAGCCACAGAUCGCUGCCUCUGCCUCGGCACUCCAGCCGGGCACUCACCUUUCCGAGGGGUGGAAAGCAGACGCCUCCCAUCCCCUGGCGCUGUGCAGCCUGGACCUUGCGAUGAUGGGCGUGGCAUCGUUGCCCUCGAUUUGGGAGCUGACGGGUCUGAACGACGUUGAGAGUUCUGCCUUUCCAGAGCUGACUGCGGGGGCGACGGAGGCGCCGGAGUUCCUCGAAGAGGGACACCUUCGGUUUCAAUGCUCGCCGUCUGUCACUGAGGCGUGCCUAGCCAGCUGCAAAUCGCUGCCCUUCCAGGACGAGGAGAUUCCCGAGAUGAAGCUUCCAGAGGAGUCGCAGCUCACAGGGCUGAAAAUGCCGGAUGAGCUCACCUCGCUGUUCGCCGGCGAGACUUUGGCAUUCCCCAAGGCGCUACCAAUCUGGCCGACGGAAGGCCUGAAAGGCGAAACCUUGGAGGAACGGGUGAGGCGGUGUGCGCCGACGACUGCACCUACCAUCGAAGGCAACUGGAUGCAGAGCACCUGUGCCAGCCAGCUGGCAAGGUGGCUCGGUUCGACUGCGUGGGAAUCGGAGGAACUUGCGAAUCCGAGCUGGCUGAAAGCGGCGGUGUUCAAGGAAUCUUCCAUCGUGGCCCAUGCCCGUCGCCUGAGUGAGCCCGACGACCCAUGUGCUGCUGCAGUGGCGGUGCCCGCAGCCGCCGCCGCCACCGACACGGCAGAGGUCUUCACUUACACCGCCUCCUCACAGGAGGAGAGCCUGGCACGGCAACUGGAGAGUGGAGCUUCGUUGGCAUGGCUGGCGUACCGGAACAAGCUUCCUGAGUUGAACCCUCCGCUCGCCGAAGGCAUACUGGCGGAGUUGGGCGCAGAGGUCCCCAGCCUUGUCGACAUCCGACGGCUCCUUGCGGAGCACAGCGCCCGAGAAGGUCGAAGUGACGGGAAGGAAAACGCGCAGCAAGAAGCCGCCCUGUACCGUUUGCUCUUUGCUCUACAUGUCAUCGUGUUGUUGCGCCAGCAGCUCAAAGAAAGUGGCCUGCUUCAGACUCUUUUCAGUGCUGUUGCUGCAGUGGCCAAAGCUCAGGUGCCAACUGUUUUGCUCCGUCCCAACGUCUUCGCGACGAAGUCACUGAUGAUGUGCCACGAUGUGCUACGUGCCGCACAAGGAAUGCAGGUGACAAAGCCUCCGCAAGCCAACGACCUUUGCGUCUUCGUGGGCUGUCCAGGCUGCCACGUCCCGGUAGCGGCACUCGCUGCCCUCGAGGCCCCUCGCGUCGAGGCGCUGAAGGUCUUGCGUCGCCGGGCAAUUGAGCAGCAGCGGCGUCUCGUGGUCGUCUUCGCCUCUCAGAAACUCCUGGAGGCCAUCGCGGCAAUCAUCGGGGCUGAUUGCAGCGGAAAGGUGGCCAGCAAAGCGGAAGUCGUCGCCGUGGCGGCGCUGACCCCGCCGAUGAAGUGCGAGCAGCUGCUCCGCAGGAGUGCAACCGCGCUGGUGCAUGAGACUGCGCUGAUCUUCCACGGCAAGGUGGCAACCAUCGAGCAAUCUGCCGAGAUCGUAGCGGCCUGGGAGGUCCGCAACCUGAUGAAGAAAAGCCUUGUCGUGGCCUACCACAAGCUCCUCCUGGAUGCCGUGAGGUCCUUGGUUCAUUUCCGCCUGGAGCCCCAAGUGCUCCCGGCGCCCGCGGCGCCUUCGACAGCGGAGGGUGUGGCAACCACGGCCGCGGGUCCCUUCCCUGCCCCAGCGCCGGCGCCGGAAGAAGAAGAAAAUGGCGGUGGCCAAGGGACCGCGGCGGAGCUGAACAGCGCUCCGGGAGGCCCAGAGGGGCACGAGCAGUACAGCGCUGCGGCCGAAGAGUGCCGGCCCUCUGUGAUUGUCGGUGCACACCUCCUUGGCAUGCAAGAUCUCCUCCGCGACCUGGAGGCACGGGGCCUCCGCCUUCUCGAGCGCGAGGUCCUUGCCGACACCGCGCCGGAUCUGAUCCUGGGCCCUCGGUUCGGAGUGUUCCUGCGGAGCUUGCAUGUGAUCUCCAGCCAGCAGCAAGAGCUUUGUGAGCGGCUGCAGCAAUCGUUCACAUCCUUCGACGAGGUGCUUUUGAUCUUAGUUUCCGAGCUUGAUGCCCCGCAGGACUCUGCCUGGAAGGAGUUCGCCGCAUCGGUACAAAAGGCCGGCCGCGGAAGGGCCCUGCGAACGAGCCUCGUUCACCCGGAGGGCCUUGUCAAUCUCAUUGUACAGGAGGCAGUCAGGGCCAUGCAUUCAGGGCGAGCUCUGGCCGCCUCGCUCAAGGAGAGCGAAGAUGACGAGCUGAGCUUCGUAGCGUCCUUGCCCGGUCUCAACGUGGCGCUUGCUGAGGCUGCAGGGGCAGUCUGGAAGCGUGGCGCCCGGGCGCUUGCUGAAGCGGCUGGUCUUCAACUGCCGGCGGCUGUGAUGGAGGAGUUGCAGGCAGCCAUUCAAGCGAAGCUCCAGAAAUCCGCAGGUGUUGAUGGUGGCUCCGGCUUCUCGCAGCGGGGCCUCCCGGAUUUCAUUGCGGCCGCCAGGGACUCCGAGAAAUGCCAACAGUGGAGGCCCAAGGAGCCGCAGCAUCCCAGAAGAGGCCCAGACACCUGGGAGGAGGAAGAGGAGCUACGGACUCCCAUGCAGCCCCAAACCGCCGCCGCGCGCUCUAGGGAGGCAGAAGAGCCGAUGACUCCUCCCGACAGAAUCUUGGCACCCGCCAGGGCCAAGCAAAGGUCCGUUCGCCGGAGCCUCGACACGCCCUUCACCGAGGUGAAGGAGUCGAAAGAGUUAUGGACUCCACAGCAAGCUUCCUACUACAACCCUUCGAAGCAUCGGCAAGAACAGGAGUGGCCGCGCAGAGAGCAGGAGACCAUCAGAAGUCUCCCGAGCCGUCGAGCCCCGAGUUGGAUUGAGCACGAGGAUUGGCGCGAGGCCUCACAGCGGCCGCGCCACUCAGAAGAAGCUGUGCCAAGGCAGCCGGCCUUCUCAUCUUUGCCGCAGAAGAGGCGCUUUCAGGAAGGCGAAGGCCCAGCUCCCGACUUCCGCCCUCGCUUGCAAGAGCGGGUGGAGAGACCUUCUGCGCUUCGUGAGCAGGAGGCACCCAGCUCCUGGCAGCGCUCGCGGCCGCUCCGCGGGGCGCAGAUGCUCUCGAGCCGCGGCUGGGCCUCCACGAGCUCUCUCUUCAACUCUCUGUGUCCGGAGUCUACACCCAGCCGAUUCACAUCGGGCCCUCGAUGGAUCGGCUGA